ACUGGAGGAGCAAAGCUCAGCAUCUUCAGACUCUGCACCUUCUGGUCCAUGCAAACAACUGCAGUCAUGAAUGUAGGUAUCUGUGUGUGUGUUAUCCUGGCUGCGCUGUCCAACGGUUCCCUGAGUCUGCCCUCACAGUCCAUGUCACAGAUAGCUGAGGGUAAGGCUCUUGUGUCAGACAGCCUGCCUCCCCCCUCACCCCACCACACACGCCAGGCCCGCUCAGCUCCGGCGCCCCCCUCAGGGCACCUGGCCAACUACAACCAACCCCAGGAAGACGCAGAUGCCCGGAACAGCCUGAGCCAGCUACUGGCCAGACUCAUCUCCAGGAAAGGCUCUCCCUACCACACCAGAUCCUCCCUCAAUAGCAGAGCCAGCGGUCUAGCCCCCGGCCACAGGAUAAAGGACAGAGACUACACCGGCUGGAUGGACUUUGGAAGACGCAGUGCAGAGGAGUACGAAUACUCCUCCUAAAGGCAAUGGCUUGCUUCUGCUGAAACCUGAGUUACAACCCCCAUCACCGCCAAUAAAAGCCCACAAAUGUAAUGAGCCCUUUUCACACUGCACUUACUGUAACCAAGGGCUGACUGACUGGAUACCUGAGUGAGUUUAGCGUCAUAAUAUUUAAGCAGACAGGAAAGAAAAUAUCCCAAAAAGGACACAUCCUGAAAUCUGUGGACCCUUGAAUCUCAUGGCUGAAGUUCAGAGCACUUUCCAAACCGCUCCCUGCAGUAUGUCACAACUGUAUGUAAACACAAAAGUUGACAUUAAGGCUGGCGAUGUUCUAAAUUGUUCUUAUUGUCAGGAAAUUCUUUAAAAAAAUAAAAACCAACAGUGCGUUAGUCUAUCUCUUAAUACUUUGACUUCUCUCUUGUAUGUGGCUCUCAGCCUGA